GUUUGCGUUUGUGUUUUACCUCUGUCACGUCGCAUAUGCUACAACUACGUUAUACAAACAUAGGCAACGCUAAAUAAAAUCUCAAAAAAAUAUCGAAAUAUUUGUUUUAAAAUAUGCAAUCAUAAUUUAUUUGUGUUUUAAUAUAUGCAAUCAUCUCACGUGAUAGGAAUUUAAUUGUUCAAGGUAAAACGAGGAAUUGCAUAGACUGUUUUGAGCUCAUGUUGCCAAAUUGUACUUAAGCCCUGCAUUCAUCAAUAACAUAGUGCUUAGUCUUGUUUUGACAGGAGUAAUGCUUAUUAGUAAUAUUAUUAUUAGUAUCGGUCAGUAGUUUUCUCCCUUUAUUUAUUGGUGCUGAAGCUAACUUUCUAAUAGCGUAAAGAAUUUCAUUUGGUGUUCUGUGCGAUUCGGAUUAGAUUUUAAAAAAGAGAAAUUAUCUGGCAACCCUGCUCAACGUUGACAUUGGUUUUCAAGAUGGCGGCGGCCACUGCAUGCCGUCUUGCUUCAGUUUGCAGACAAUUUCAAAGCGUUGUUAAAAUAUCUUUGCCGAACAAAGCUCAAUAUUCAUCACAUGUAUUAGUUAACAACUAUCAUUCCUGCAUCCAAAGGCAAAACUACAAUCUUCAUCGAUUCAGCCGUCCUGACCAUGCUCGCCUUCUCCAUACCUCCGCAAGCAAAUGGGGCCUUGAGGAAUUUUUUGAUUUGCCUGCAAACUGGGGAGAGAGCACAGUUAAAUCAGGUUCUCCAUGGACAGCCAAACAGCUGAGAGCAAAGAGCAAUGAAGACUUGCACAAGCUGUGGUAUGUUCUUCUAAAGGAAAAGAAUAUGUUGCUUACUAUAGAACAAGAGGCGAAACGUCAGUGUGUCCCAAUGCCUAGUCCAGAACGUGUCAAGAAGGUGGAAAGGUCCAUGCAGAGGCUUGAUAGCGUUGUGAAAGAGCGAGAAAGUGCGCUCCGUUUACUACAGACAGGACAAGAAAAAGGCAGACCUGGAGAAUGGAGGAGAAACGUUUUUGGCAAAACGAUCUGGUACCGUUUUAGAGAACAUCCUGUCCCCUGGAACAUGAACAAGAUCUACAAGAGGAAACGUUUCUAUACACCAUCAUUUGUCACCCCUUAUAUAAGACUGAGUCUUGAGAAACACCUGAAGAGUAAAAUGAGGAGAGAAAGGAAAGAGAAACAAAACCAGAAGAAACUUAGUGAGAUUUUCCCUAAAAAGACUGCACAAGCGUAAGACCAGAUGGCCAAGGCUCAAUGUCAACUGUUAAAUAUAUGAACCCAUUUCUUCCUGUGUGAAUUGGUCCCUGGCUUUUUAUACUGGUGAUACCUUAUGCAUGCAGAUAUGAUGUUACAUUGCAGGUGCAGUGUUUCAGACAGGGUUUGCUGUACAUUGAAUAUGGAUUAUAUAUGUAUCAAAGGCUACGUGAACACUGAAACUGAUUGUUGAAGGCA